AUGCGACUGCUUCCUGUCGAAUCUCAGCUCGACAUUUCGCGUUUUCGGUACAGAAGCGAUGCGAAGAUGGCUCUCGGCUCUCAGCUGCUCCAGCGGUAUAUUGCCACCGUUCUGACAGGCAAGAAGUGGACGGACAUUGUCAUUUCGAAGACUCCGCAGGGCAAGUCAUUUGUGGCCAACUCGCCGUUCGACUACAACAUCAGUCACCACAGCGAGCUGGUGGUUGUGGCUGUUCGUCCUGAUGGCAAGCAGAUUGGAGUGGAUAUCACCUCGACUGUUCCUCCCUCAAACUGGACUAUGAACUGGAUGGAGGGCUUUUCACAGAUUUUCUCGCCGUUCGAGUACUCUCAGGUCACCAGCGACAGCACCGGCAAUGGCGAGUUCUUCUUGCGGUGGGCACUCAAGGAGUCGUAUUCCAAGGCCAUUGGCAUGGGGCUCAACAUGGACCUUGCCAAGCUAGAGUUCAGAAACCUGGACACGGCCAGACUGAUGGACGCGGCCAAGGACAAGACCGGAACCGACGUUGUGGGCGCCGUGGCUGUCCAGAGAGGCUGGAGCAACUCUGCGCAGCUGUGGAUCGAUGGAGUCGCACAGGACAGAUGGCACCACGAGAUUUUCAUGCUCAACAACAAUCAUGUGAUCGCUCUGGCGACACACAAGGAGGGUGUGAAUGAGGUGGAGCAGGUGCGACUGAGAAAUUUAACGGUGGAGGAGUUGAUGAGCAGAGCGUUGCCUUUUGGACCGGCUGUGGCCAUGCAGCCUCAUUCCAACCCGGUCUAA